UUAAAUUAAUUCGCUUCACCAGUGUUAAAACUUACGCAUAGAUUUGUUUGAUUCUUUUUUAUUAAGUAUACAUUUCUUAAAAAAUUAUGGCAGAAGAAGUAAAACUUGUCGUUUCGGAACUUGGUCAGUUUGAUUCAACUGCUUUAAAGCAUGUGACUCCUAUAGUUGAAAAUACGUUACCUUCACAGGAAUUAAUUAUGGAAGAAGCAGUUGCAACAAGAGCAGAAGUUAAAACAUUUGAUCAAUCCAAUUUGAAACACGUUGAAACUGAAGAGAAAAAUCCACUUCCAACUGCUGCAACAUUAAGAGAAGAGUUAAGACCAGAAGUUUUACCUGACGUUUCUGAAGUUGAAAAAUUUGAUGCAUCUAAACUUAAAAGUGUCACCCCUGAAGUAAAAUGCCAUCUACCUACAAAAGACGUUAUUCAAGAAGAAGCAGUUGCCACUAGAGCAGAAGUAAAAACUUUCGAUCAAUCCAAUCUGAAACAUGUUGAAACUGAAGAGAAAAAUCCACUUCCAACUGCUGCAACAUUAAGAGAAGAGUUAAGACCAGAAGUUUUACCUGACGUUUCUGAAGUUGAAAAAUUUGAUUCAUCUAAACUUAAAAAUGUCACCCCUGAAGUAAAAUGUCAUCUACCAACAAAAGACGUUAUUCAAGAAGAAGCAGUUGCAACUAGAGCAGAAGUAAAAACUUUUGAUCAAUCCAAUCUGAAACAUGUUGAAACUGAAGAGAAAAAUCCACUUCCAACUGCUGCAACAUUAAGAGAAGAGUUAAGACCAGAAGUUUUACCUGACGUUUCUGAAGUUGAAAAAUUUGAUUCAUCUAAACUUAAAAAUGUCACCCCUGAAGUAAAAUGUCAUCUACCAACAAAAGACGUUAUUCAAGAAGAAGCAGUUGCAACUAGAGCAGAAGUAAAAACUUUUGAUCAAUCCAAUCUGAAACAUGUUGAAACUGAAGAGAAAAAUCCACUUCCAACUGCUGCAACAUUAAGAGAAGAGUUAAGACCAGAAGUUUUACCUGACGUUUCUGAAGUUGAAAAGUUUGAUUCAUCUAAACUUAAAAAUGUCACCCCUGAAGUAAAAUGUCAUCUACCAACAAAAGACGUUAUUCAAGAAGAAGCAGUUGCAACUAGAGCAGAAGUAAAAACUUUUGAUCAAUCCAAUCUGAAACAUGUUGAAACUGAAGAGAAAAAUCCACUUCCAACUGCUGCAACAUUGAGAGAAGAGUUAAGACCAGAAGUUUUACCUGAUGUUUCUGAAGUUGAAAAAUUUGAUUCAUCUAAACUUAAAAAUAUCACCCCUGAAAUAAAAUGUCAUCUACCAACAAAAGACGUUAUUCAAGAAGAAGCAGUUGCAACUAGAGCAGAAGUAAAAACUUUUGAUCAAUCCAAUCUGAAACAUGUUGAAACUGAAGAGAAAAAUCCACUUCCAACUGCUGCAACAUUAAGAGAAGAGUUAAGACCAGAAGUUUUACCUGACGUUUCUGAAGUUGAAAAAUUUGAUUCAUCUAAACUUAAAAAUGUCACCCCUGAAGUAAAAUGUCAUCUACCAACAAAAGACGUUAUUCAAGAAGAAGCAGUUGCAACUAGAGCAGAAGUUAAAACUUUUGAUCAAUCCAAUUUGAAACACGUUGAAACUGAAGAGAAAAAUCCACUUCCAACUGCUGCAACAUUAAGAGAAGAGUUAAGACCAGAAGUUUUACCUGACGUUUCUGAAGUUGAAAAAUUUGAUGCAUCUAAACUUAAAAAUGUCACUCCUGAAAUAAAAUGUCAUCUACCAACAAAAGACAUUAUAAAAGAAGAAGCAAUUGCGACUAGAGCAGAAGUAAAAACCUUUGAUCAAUCCAAUUUGAAACAUGUUGAAACUGAAGAAAAAAAUACUUUGCCGACUGCAGCUACAUUAGCGAAAGAAGAACAUAAAGUAGAAGUAAUAAAUGAAGAGAAAUCGGAAACACAUGCUGAGUCAAAUUUAAAGACUGACGACGCAUCAGAAAAACCAACUUCUGAGAAUACUCCUUCAACUCAAACAGAAGCCUCAUCUACCGAUACACCUAAUGAUAAUUCUACUCAACCUAAGAAAAAAGAUUGUGUUCUUAUGUAGUUUUAAUUUCGUUCAUCUUGUGAACAUAAUCCGUGUUAUGAUCAUCAGGCUAUUUCAGGCUACUUGGUCUAUUGAAAUUGUGUAAUUCUGGUUGAUCUUCCGUAUUUACGUAACUUGUAUUUAAAAGUAUAUUAUAAAUUGUAGAGUUAACAUUUUUUGUGUUUGGAUGUAUAACCGUCUUUAUUCACUGGAUGGAUAUAGCCUUUAUCUGCUAGAUAUAUACACUAUAAUCCUUCUCUGUUCAAGUUUUACUUCUGUUGUCCUGUUAAGUAAACCUUUUGUUCUGUUAAGUAAAUCUUCAAUAUUAUUCCAGUGGUUAUCUUAUCUUAACAAAUCUUUCAGUUUUUUUUUUUAUCUCAAUCUUGUUGUUAAAUUUUGUAUUUUUGCUCUUUUUUUUUCUUUUUUUUUUUUUUUCAGUAAAUUCAAUAAAGUUUUUAAAAUGUUUUGAAAAUUUUUGCUAUAAGUUAAGAUGACAAUUGUUUCAAAUUGUUUUUCGACUUUUUUUCUUUUUUUUUUUUUUUACAUUUUUUUAUAAAUCUGAGUUUGUAAAUUGAAGUUCGUGGAAAUAUAUUAUCAGUUAAAAAAUAAA